AUGAACCGUCGUCAACCCAACGAGGACAAAGGAGGACCAGUCGGUACAGCGGCCUUGCCUCCCCACCUUCUCCGUCUCUUUGCGCCACGUCCCCCUCUUCCCCAUGCAGAACCCCUGGAUCUGGCACCGGGCCAUGCAAAGGGCAAUCACUUGACGCCUGUAUCACAUUUCCUGGAUAUGAUGAAGGGUCACGACACGGACUAUGUCCCCACACUCAGCAUUGCCGAACGGAAGAAGCGAAAGUUGGAGGAGAGGAAGAAAAAGUCGGACGAAGCCCUCAAAAGUGGAUUGGAGGAAUGGGAUCCCAACAAGGACGAGAAGGUCGUCGGUGACCCAUAUAAGACGUUACACGUUUCUCGCCUGAGCUAUGAAUCCACAGAAAAGGAUCUGAGACGUGAAUUCACGAUGUAUGGCCCCAUAGAAAACAUCCGAGUCGUAAAAGAUGCCGAGGGCAAGCACACUGGAUACGCAUUUAUCGAGUUUGAGCGCGAAAAGGACAUGAAGGCAGCAUACAAGGACGCCGAUGGCCUGAAGAUUAUGGGCCGUCGCAUUGUCGUGGAUGUUGAACGUGGAAGGACCGUCAAGGGAUGGAAACCAAAGCGUCUUGGUGGAGGAUUGGGUGGUACCCGUAUCGGAGCCCCACACGAGAACCAGACGUCAUCAGGAAGAGACAACGGCCAACGCAAUGACCGCUCAUCUCAUGGAGGCAGCGACCGUGGCUAUAGCGGCAGGGACAGUUACAGCGGUGGUGGUAGUGGAGGACGCUACGGCGGCGACAGAGACGGACGCAGCGACCGGGACCGUGGCGGUCGUCGCCAUGACAGCCACGGCGAUCGCAACCGGGGCGGAUACAGCGACCGGCCUUAUGAGCGCGACAGCAAGAGGCGAAAGAGCAGGAGCCGAAGCAGAAGCCCAGCACCAUCCUCCAGCAGAGGGCAUGGUGAUUCUCGUGGUCGUCGCGAUAGCAGGGACUGA